GAAAUUAAGAAGAUUUCUACAAGAUUUGCAUUUUUGCGAUUUUUUUUUUUCUUUUUGAAUGAAUACGGUCAAAAUUUUCUGCAUGAUCACAGUAACCAACACACUCUCCUGUCAAAUCGCAGUAUUUUGCAACAUCUUCCGUACACUGAUUAUAAACAUCCGGGAAAGUUGGCUGCAUCUAAAUUCUAAAUCUUCAUUCCCAGAAUGGCGUCCGCAGUAACACUCACUGCUGAAGACUUCGGAACGCUAACGGACGGGCUGGGCCGUAGUGUGUCUGUGCAAAAGUUUACCUGGCAAACGGCGGCCGGUUUGAAGCUGUCGGUGCUGAACCUGGAUGCAGCCAUCGUAGAACUGUGCGCACCGGACCGCACCUGGAAGAGUAGCGCCAACGUACUGCUCGGUGUAGGAAAGCUCGACGAAUACUUACAGCUCGAUCCGUCGCUCAUCUGUGCCGCUCAUUUUGAGAAAGGUUGGCCCAUGCUGACGGGAAACAGUGUUCGACCAGAUGCACCCGGCAGCCGUACGUUUGAUCUGAAUCGUGUUUGGCAUUCUUUCGUCGAUGAAACACGGCUCCAUCUAAGCUUGGUGCGCAAAUCUUCAGCCAAGCAUCGGAACACGUACGCUACGGUUACUAUCAGUGUGGAACCAUCGAACGUGAUCCGCAUCCGGUAUCAAACCUGUUGCACUGAGGGUGAAAUGUUUCGACUAGCUCAUCGGUUUCUGUUCAAUCUUGGAGGAUGUGAUUCCGGCGCCCAAGGAACGUUUGAGCACGUGGUGCAACUGAACGCGGACACCUACGUGGAUGAGAAGCGAAAUCUUCGCACCGCGGGAGAAAGCUUUGCUGAUCUUCGUAUCGCACAGCACCUUGGAUUGAGCCUCUACAGGGCACGCAACGAAGGUUUGGAAUGUGUGGACGGUAUUAGAGGUAUUUAUGGGCUCAAUAACACUACCGAAGAUGGGUUCGCAGUCCGGCUUAUUCAUGCAGGAAGUGGUCGAGCGAUGGAGCUGUACUGCAACUUUCCCUGGAUGCAUUUUUCCAGCCUCGACCAUUUACCAUCGAGGAAAAAUGCGAUCGUUCCAUUUUAUCCACGCGAAGGUCUACAACGCGUUUCGCUUAUAUUUGAUCUGGAACAGUUCAUAUUGUCCGUUGUUACUGGUACGGAGCAAACCUCAACGAGCGAUAUAGAGCAGGACGAAGUUCAAACAGCUGAUAGCGGCGAUAUAAACCAGGAUCGACAGGAUAAUUUCACUUGUUCCGGGAAAUUCAGCAAAAACGACGGAUUCCUAAUACACCCACUGGCAUGCCCUUUCCGAUCAAUGGAAAAUCACAAAACCAGUCCCGUUUCACUGGACACGGCACUCCCUAACCCUUGUCGGGGACAAACUCCUGUGCCGUUUAUUGGACAUGUAACGCUAAAGUUCGGUAUCUGUAAACCCCUAACGCAAGAGGACACUCAAUCACCGCUAGCCGCCAAUUAACUCACACGAAAUGAAAGACUAAUCGAUGCCAUAUCGUGAAAAACCAGGGAAAUUUCAAAUUAGUUUCCAAUGUAUAAAGAACCCUAUCAGCUUCUGGCAGUGUGAUCCAAUAAGGCGGCACUAGGCGGUGGAGAAUAAAUAUGAAAUUGUAAUACCACCAACAACGAACGGAGAUUUGAUUGCAUCGGAAUGGCAAAAUGGAUUCGAAUAUUCAAUAGUCCAAGACAUUCUCGAAAAUCAAUCAUCAUUCAUCCAUUUCCGCUUUCGAGGUAGUGUUCCGCUAGUGUACUACCAUUCAAGAUUACGGUAACAGUAUAUGUAGUAAAUACAAUAUACAAGUAUCCAAAUUUAAUGCAUAAUAAAUAAGCUUUACAUUUGACUUUA